UAAAGUCUGCACUACAAGUUGCACGCACGCCUUAUGUCUCGGUCACCUUGUGAUUACCCUCGUCUGGAGCUCAUCCUGCCAGCCGCGUUCGCCUCUCCUUGCUCUCAUUGUACCCACAUCAUAAUUGAGAAGCCUCCCAAUGUUGCCCCAGAGUGCUCUCUCAUUUCAUCGGUGUAACAUCAACCAAAUCUAAAGGAUACCACAAGCGAGUGUACCUGCUCGGAUCCUCAUACCGAAUACAUAGCCGUGUGCGCCGGACCGUGUUGCGCAUGCGGGUCUACAUCUGACAGCACCUGCUCGCGUAACUCAAUGGCGUACUCGGCUUCCUCCCUCUGCCAGCAACUGGCGCCCUUCGAGAGAACUUGUCUGCGCAUUGCCAUUAACCAGCCGCUACAAUGGCCCCGGCUGCCACAACACCACCUCCAGAGCACGAGCUGUCGAUCAAUGACAAGAAAGCUUUCACCAAAUCCGUAUACGGAAGUCCGGACGAGGCUCUAGUAGCGGCUACAGCACGCUUCGUGGCCCGCAAUCCGACCUCGCGCAGUCUACAUCUCGAGGCCGCGAAAAGCUUGCCAGGCGGCAAUACUCGAAGUCUACUUCACAAUGCGCCCUUUCCGGUGUUUAUGCAGCGCGGCACUGGCUACGAAGUCAUCUCCGAGGACGGCCACGUUUAUACCGACUUCGUUGGAGAGCUGACCGCUGGUCUCUAUGGGCACGCCAACCCUAUCAUCCACGCCACGCUCAAGUCAACGCUGGACAAUGUAGGCUUGAAUCUCGGUGCGACCACGCGUUUGGAAGCUCAACAUGCUCGCUUGAUUUGUGAACGUUUCGGGCUGGACCUCAUCCGCUUCACCAAUUCCGGCACCGAAGCCAAUUUGCAUGCCCUGCAAGCCGCUCGUAGAUUCACUGGUAAGCGGAAAGUGAUCGUCUUCACGGGAGGCUAUCAUGGUGCAGUCUUCAGCUUUCCUGACCAGCACCCGGCCCCAAAUAAUGUCGAUCUGGAUGACUGGAUUGUAGCCGAGUACAACAACAUUGAAGAUGCGCAGCUGAAGAUUGAAGAGUCUUCCGACGUGGCUGCAGUACUUGUGGAGGGCAUGCAAGGCAGUGGGCCAUGCAUUGUAGGGUCUGACGAAUUCUUGCAUGCCAUACAAUCGUCCGCAAGGAAAGCGGGUGCUGUCUUCAUCCUCGAUGAAGUGAUGACUUCGCGCCUGGCGCCUGGCGGGCUGCAGUCAAUCAUUGGUCUCGAGCCCGACAUGACAAGCUUCGGCAAGUACUUGGGAGGCGGCAUCACCUUCGGCGCUUUCGGCGGACGUGCCGACAUCAUGGCCAUAUACGAUCCCCGAUUCAGCGGCACUCUUGCACACUCUGGUACAUUUAACAACAACACUCUCGGUAUGGCAGCUGGGUACGCCGGGCUCUCUCAAAUCUACACUCCGGAGACCUGCAUGGCUUUCAGUAGCAGAGGUGAUGUCUUCAGGCAGAGGCUGCAGGAGGCCACGAGCGGCACGAAGAUGACCAUUACCGGGCGCGGCAGUCUCGUUGGCAUCCACUUCCUCGUAGACGGUUGCAAAGUCUUGCGAAGCGUAGCCGAUCGCAAGGAUGACAAUACGCUGAAGGAUCUUUUCUGGUUCGAAAUGAUGGAAGAUGGCUUUUGGCUCACUCGACGCGGCUCGCUUUCGCUGAUAUUGGAUACGCCACGAUCAGAGUUGGAUCGCUUCGUUCGCAGCGUCAAGGCAUUUCUGGACCGGCACAACCAUCUGGUGAGGCUUUAAUGCCCCCUUGCGAAUAGCAUGUGCAGCCAGAUCAGCUGGCAGCGUUGAUCAUCUUCUGUAGCUGCACACAAUCCAUGAAUUAGUGUAUAGGCCUUGGUUCUUAGUGGCAUACGUAUGGG